UUGGAAAACAGGUUUUGUCUUGAGCUAAUAUUGAAUUAGUGUUUUACAGCAUUUCUUCCAUUCUUACAUAGGAGUUAAUAUGUACAAAACCUCUUCUCGUCAGAUUUUAGUUCACAAGUUAAGCGUUUUGUGUAUUUCCUUUCUGAGGAAAUAUUGUUAAUCUUAACUUGCAGCUACUCAUAUUAAGUUCUGCUUCCAUCGAGAUGGAGAAUCCCACUGCUGAGGAAACUGUUGAGAUCAUGAACAGCAACAAAGUAGAAGAUGAAGAACAACAACCAUCAGAAGACAAAACCAACCUGUUUGAAGAGGAGUGUAUCCCAGUAACACAGGGUCAGUAUGAACAUGAACAGAUCACUCCUGAAAGAAACUGUGUGUACUCACCAGAAGAAGAUCCUCAGUACGAAGAUCUAACUGCAGUGGAUCUGAGAACCUCAAGAGCAAUGGAACACAUAGAGAACCUCCCAGAUACUAUGAGACAGUUCAGACCAAACCAAAAGGAAACCAUCAGUAUAGCUCAGCUGAUAGAGAACUUUUAUUACAAUGAUCCCUCUGGAAACAAAAACUCCCCAAGGUAUUUCUUAGUCACAACUCCUUCAUCUAAAGGUGAGUAUUUGAUGUCCAACCAUGAAACAUACGAGGAUAACCACGAUUAUGUUAUAACUGAUUACCCCACGUCAGAUCAAACUUAUCCUCAAAGCAUGUAUGCUGAAGGCACCAAUUAUCCCAACCGUUGGGAUGCAGAAACCAACACCGAACCGGUCUUGAAGGUCGAUCAAGAAACACAGACUUGGGUCCGGGAAGUAAGAGAAGUUUCGGUACAGACGGAUGCAAUUGCAUAUUCUUUAAUGAAGAACACGAAACCAAUGAACUUCAAGUAUACUUGCUCACUGUGCCAACGGCUAUACUCAUCCAAGAGCAGUUAUGAUCGACAUUUACGCACCCACAGCAACAAUGGAGAUAGGAAGAUGAUUGCAGAUGUCCAUUUUACGACCCAAGCAAAACUCCAAAUUUAUAAGAAACACAUGUCUAAUGGUCAUCUGCAGAAUCCUAUUGUGAUCCAGAUGCCACGGAAGGCAUUUCGAUGCGAUAUUUGUGAAAGGUGUUUUCCUUCGCAGAUUGAACGUGAGAGUCACGAGUGUAUUGUGGAACCAUUUUCGAUGACUAAAUGUCCUCACUGUCCCGUCAAAUGUUACACAGUUGGAGCCUUAAAUGAUCACAUAAAGUAUACUCACAAUAUUGAACACACUCAAGGUACUAACAAUCAAUACUAUUGUGUAUUCUGUAACAUGAGUUUUGAAAAUGGAUACAAUUUUCACUUGCAUUUGGACAAGCAUCUAUCUCCAUAAGUAUUUACUUAUUUUCAAUAAUUAUAAUGACUAGAUAAGUACAUUAAUUAAUGAUAAAUUUGUUGAUGGUAGAAAAACAAAGACAAAAAACAAUCAGGUGGUUUCCCAUUAAUGAUUUCAAAUAGUGAUUACCAACUUUAAUUUAACUUUUCUUUUGUUAAACUCGGCAGUAUAUAUUUGAUUUAUUGUUGCGUCUUACAAUUCGUUAUUUAAAAAAUGUUUUAUGAUUUUAUUGUUUUGAAUAUGUUAUAUUUUGUUUUAUACUAUUUUGAAUUUUGCUAAUUUAUUGGAAAUGAUCAAUAUUUUCAUUGGAAAGCUAAUUCAUUUUAAAUAAGCAUGGACUGGAAAUGAAUGGAAUAAUCUUUUUACUUAAUUUACUUUUAAGUAGAACUUCUAUUAGAAUACAAUUUUAUUUGAUAUACUUGUUUUUAUAGUUUUAUUUUUGUUGAGCAUUUUUAAAAUUUUGUUAAAUACAAAUAAAUUAAACAAGUAAACAUGU